AUGGUCUCUCGCUUGCAAUCCUUGGUCCCUCUCGCUCUUGCUGCCCGAGGUGUAUUUGCCUCGAUCGGCCCCGUCACCGACCUCAACAUCGUGAGCGCCAUCCUUAACCCGGAUGGCUCCGUUGAGAGAGGUGCUGUUACCGCUGAGGGUGGCGCCGUUGGCCCGCUCAUCGUCGGCAACAAGGGCGACAACUUCCAGAUCAACGUCGUUAACUCGUUGAGCAACAGCACCAUGUUGCUGACCACUUCCAUCCAUUGGCACGGCAUCUUCCAAGCUGGCACAAACUGGGCGGACGGUCCCGAGGGCGUGAACCAGUGCCCCAUCGCAUCUGGAAAUUCGUUCCUCUACAACUUCAACGUCCCCGACCAAGCGGGCACCUUCUGGUACCACUCCCACGAUGGUACGCAGUACUGCGACGGUCUUCGUGGGCCGUUGGUUGUGUAUGACCCCAGUGAUCCGUACCUGGACGACUACGACGUCGAUGACGAGAGCACGGUCAUUACUCUUUCUGACUGGUACCAUGACGUUGCUCCGACUAUCGCUUUCGGUACCUCUGAUGCUACUCUCAUCAACGGCCUGGGCCGCUUCUUCGACGGCACUAACGUCAACGAUGCCGACCUCGCGGUCAUUAGCGUCGAGCAGGGCAAGCGCUACCGCUUCCGUUUGAUUUCUAUCUCUUGCGACCCCAACUUCACGUUCCAGAUCGAUCAGCACAACUUCACGAUCAUUGAGGUCGACGGUGUCAACCACGAGAAGCUGACGGUUGACUCCCUUGUCAUCUUCGCCGGCCAGCGCUACUCGAUCAUCCUCAACGCUGAUCAGCCCGUCGACAACUACUGGAUCCGCGCUGACCCGAACAACGGUAACACGGGCACUGACUUGGGUCUCAACUCGGCCAUCUUGCGCUACGUCGGAGCUAACGAGACCGAGCCCACCACCACCCAGGAUACCAGCGCCAACCCUCUCGUCCAGGGCGAUCUCGUGCCCCUCGAGAAUCCCGGUGUGAGCGGCGGCGACGAUACCAAGUGCGUUGACUGCGCCGACUACAACCUCCACCUCGACUUCACCUUCAAUGGCACUUUCUACACCAACGGUUUCACUUGGACGAGCCCCACCAGCCCGGUUCUCCUCCAGAUUCUCAGCGGCGCGACCUCCGCCUCGGACCUCCUCCCUGCCGGCAGCCUCUACGCCCUCCCCGCCAACAGCUCCAUCCAGCUCUCCAUGGCCGCCGGCGCCCUCGCUGGAAACCCCCACCCCUUCCACUUGCACGGCCAUACCUUCGACGUCGUCCGCGGCGCCGGCGAGACAACCUAUAACUGGGACAACCCCCCGCGUCGCGACGUCGUCUCCCUCGGCGACGACGCGACGGACGGUAUCACCAACAACGUCACCGUCCGCUUCACGACCGACAACGCCGGCCCCUGGUUCCUCCACUGCCACAUCGACUGGCAUCUGGGCACCGGCCUCGCGAUCGUCUUCGUCGAGGACUUCGCCGACAUUUCCACCACCGAGUCCCCCAGCACCGCCUGGUCGGACCUCUGCCCCACCUACGACAGCCUCACCGCCGACCAACUCGGUGGCAUCAACUAG